UUAUUAUCAGCUCUGCAAAGAGAAAUUAACAGACCAGCAUACACCACUUGUAACACUGGCAGGGUUUCAUGAUUUUCAAUAUUUAAUUAUUUCUUUAAUACAUGUUACAUCAAAAUAUGAGAUAUUUGGUAAAAAAUAUAAAAACAUUAAAAUAACGGAGUUAAACACUUUAAAACAGAAAUAAAUCUGUGAUACAUUGUUGUUUGAGAGAUGAAGUCUUCGUUACUUUUACUGUUGCUACUUUACCAAAGUAUUACACUCGUAUUUUGUCAAGAAUUACCAACAGAACCGGACAUGCCUGAGGACUUUGAAGAUGAUAAUGUUGGGACAGAUCUUGAUGGAAUGAAACAGUUGUUCAAUGAUCUAUUGAAUGAGUAUGAUACAAGAAUAAGACCACGUGUGAACCAGUCACAGAUCAUCAGGAUUAAUUCGACAUUCGUUCCACAGAGCUUGCUGGAAUUCGACACCUCUGAACAGAAGUUUUCUAUACUUGGUUACUUCAAGCUUCAUUGGUACGACGAAGUUAUUACUUGGAAACCUAGCGAUUACGCAGAAACGAACUACAUCAAAGUGCCGAUAUAUGAAAUAUGGACACCCAGUCUCAUCAUAUUAAAGGCUUUUGAUGGCGAUGGUGUCGUUGGCAGUUCAAAUACAGAUAUAUCAAAAAUACAGUCAGAUGGGUUUGUUCAGUGGGUUCCUGAAGGCAUUUACAGCGUUGUUUGUCACGUGGACAUCAAAUAUUAUCCAUUCGAUGAACAGACAUGCACAGUGACGUACUACGUGUCCGACGAAACAAUUGCAACUGUUGAGUUGGACCACCCUGACGAUGUUAAACUGGAUGAAUACACGGAAAACUCCGCAUGGCUGAUAACCAGUGUUUCCAAGAGGCGAUACCUGCUGUAUAACACGUACCAUAUAGAUGUGGAAUUCAAACUUCAGAGAAGAGCCAAUUUCGCGACAUUUACUCUGAUCAUGCCUUUGCUGAUGUUAGCCUUUCUAAAUAUCUGUAUAUUUUUGGUUCCGAUUGGUUCCGGCGAGAAAGGUUCCUUUGCUAUCACUAUCUUUCUCUCUUACGGUAUCUUCGUUACAAUUGUCAGCGAUACCCUUCCCGAUAACUCCCUUCAAAUAUCCUACUUCCUCCUGUUCAUCAUUGUCCUACUGUUUAUGAGUGUCCUUUCGGUUCUCUACACCAUAAUUCAGGCAAAAAUGAUGGCGAGUUUUGGCGACAAGGAAUGUACCAUCAGCUGCCUUCGUCCUCAUCCUAAAAAUCCUUCCAAGAAUAAGGUAAUGCCAUUUGAUCCGACGAAAGGUGACACUGACAAAGACCCUGAAGUAGGCAUAGUUGAUGUAGAUGACGAUGACACCGGAGAAACGUACACGUGGGGAAUGUUUCUCGAAAAGUUGGACACAGUCAUAUUCAUCGUCUUCUUCGCAAUGAUACUUCUCUCCACAUCGGGAUUUUUCUGUCUUAUUCUACAAAGGGUCAGUUACAUAUAGCUUCUGCUGCUUUUCGAUGUGUAGGCUUGAUACGAUAUUAAAAUUGACACAGUUCAAAAUUAUUCAAAAUAAAAACUUUAUUUCUUUGACAAGCUGUCCAUUUUGUAAAUUGGAUUCAAGACAAUAUACACCCACUCACUAUCUUUUGUUUUAGAAAAAGUUGUUGAACAUUGACAAAUCUAAGUUAUCAAGCUUACAGAUUUCCCCGUGGACUACAUUUUGAGCUGCCCGAUUGGAUAUUUUUAUCAAAUCUUAUAGCGUAAUUAUAAACUUUUGACUCAGGCCUACAGCACGUGCCAAUUUCUUAUUGCUUUGGUAGUAAUAUGGUCAUACUGGUUGGAGAAAUAUUUUAUGACAUGUUUUUGAUCUUAAUACGUUUUAUUCUGAUCGGUGGGUCAGUAUUUCUUUUCUUACAAACAUUUUUAUGCUUUACUGAUUCUGUUGUUUUAUUCUACCUUUUAAUGAUCUUUGCAUUCUGUUGUGUCACUGUGUGUAAUUUCUAGUUUUUAAAGAUGAUUUUAAAAGUUUAAGUAGCCCAUUAAAUAAUACUGUUAUAUCCACUUUUUCCUGCUUGAAGCUAUCUUCUUUGAUUAAAAUUCUAGCAUUUUGUUGAAGUUUGAAAUACGCAUUAUUUAUUCUACAUGAAGGCCUGUUGUAUGUAUGGAGUAAGCAUUGUUUGAUUUAUAUGACUUUGUUAAUUUUGUUUUUCAUUUUUCUUGUGUAUAUAAAUACAUAUAGCUUUCUUUAUGACAUUUAAUAUCAUUUAUUACUAUCAUGUAGGUUUUUAUGUCGUUUUUAUCUAACAUUAUAGAGAUACAUGUUCUGCACUGUUUGUUUGACACUUUACGAUAUUAAUGGGACAUAAUAUUUUUAUGAAACUUCACUUCAUGCAUGGAAUAUGACACAGUUUUGAUGACUAUAAGUAUCAGAAGUGAGAUACGAUAAAGUGUUUUUGUUUUUUGUUUCUUUUUUUCAUAAAACUUCAUAUCAUACAUGGGAUUUGUCGCAGUUUUGAUAACAUUUUGUAUCAGAAGUGGGAUUUAAUACACUUUUUUCUUUAUUAAACUUUAUAUCAUACAUGGAUAUGAUGCAAUUUUGAUGGCAUUUAGUAUCAGAAGUUGGAUACAAGACAGUUUUUAUAAAAAACUUUAUAUCAUACAUGGGAUAUGGAGCAAUUUGAUGGCAAUUAGUUUCAGAAGUGGGAAACAAGACAUUUUUUAAUAAAAAAACAAAAACAAACAAACUUUAUAGCAUACAUGGGAUAUGAAGCAGUUUUGAUGGCAUUUAAUACCAGAAAUGGGAUACAAGACAGUUUUUAUAAAAACUUUAUAUCAUACAUGGUAUAUGGAGCAAUUUUAAUGGCAUUUAGUAACAGAAGCGGGAUUUGAUUCAGUUGUCGUGACGCUUCAUGCAAUCAGACGGAUGUAAUGCUGGCUAGGUGCUUUAUUAUCGGUGGACUGUUAUCUAACAAAAAGUCAUUCGCAAGGCGAUACCAACCAUACUCUACUUUACAUGUUUUUAAUUUGUUUUGAGUGUGUGUUUCACGUUUGUUUAGUUGUAUAUCUUAAUAAAACAUUUUUCAAGUGCGUUUGUUUUUCAUUAUCC